UCGAUACACGAGGCCCACGUUUACGCUUACGCUCACCUCUCCUCAAUUCAGUUAUAACGAGCACGUGGUGGCCGACGCCGUCGCCGCCGUCGCUGCUGCUGCCGCCUAACAUCUUGCACAUCCGAUCCUCGCCUGGCGCCAAGGCAAACGUCUGCGUCUUCAUCUCCACCUUCAUCCCCGUCUCAGCUGUCUUCAACAGCAUGCUAGAACCUCGAUGGAGGCCUGUCCAGGGCCAUAUCGGCGAUAUACCUUUCGAGAGUGCUGUUGGUUGGACAAAGAAUCAUUUUUCACCCAAUACCUGGCCUUCAACGAUACGGCAAUCCAGAUACAGUGAUGAUGGCAUUAUGGACCAAGACGUAGAUGGGGAUGGUGCUAUUAACCUUUCGACGUCGCAAAGGCCAUCGGCUGCCACCACCCCGAAUGACACUCUCCAUCAAGAUGACAUAGAACAGCAGGCUGCCUCGCUGGAGAAAGUGCUGAAGGAGCAACAGCACCAACAGCAAAUUGAGCUGGAGCGUACUUGGGAACAAGAACGCGAUGCCAAAGGUAAUAACGGUAGUACGAGUCCAAUAUCGGAGCACAGGCUGCAGGAGCACUCACCUCCUCCCUCAUCGGACUCGCAAAAAAAUCUUAGUGCCACCAUUCCACCAAUCGCACAGUCGCAGACGCCGGGAUCACAAAUGAUGACUCCAGCAUCGAACCUUCAUCACAUGCAGCAAAUAUUGCAGCAGCAUGUCCUGAACCCGACUCAGUUACAGACACUCAUGAAGCAACACUCCAUUUUGCAACAGCAACAGCAUCAGACGGAAUUUCAGCAACAUCAGCUGGCAGAAUUGGGCAAGAAGCAAAUUGAACAAACGAUGCAGCAACUUCAAGAGCAAUUACAAUUGAAUCUCAUCCAGCAAACACAUAUCUUACAAAGUGCGGACAAGAAGAAGGCUUCCGGAUCUUUGCAGCAACUUGCGUUGCAACAACAGCAAUUGAUACAGCAGCUGCAGCUCAUUCAACGCCAAUACGUGGUCCAUCAGGGCAUCGGCAUACAGCCGUUAAUGAUGUCGCAGGGGCAAGGUCUUAAUCGAGACGUCAUGAGUCCGUGGAAGGAACUCAGUGAAUCACACAUAACAAACAGUAAGCCACUUCCAGAGUAUAAGUCAGAAAGUCCUCCCACGCUACUGGGGAUGAUCCCUAAGAGAGAAGAGACGCCUUCGGAAGACGCGAAACAGGAGAGGACCACAACUCCGGACAGUGUCCAUCAUUUGUAUGGCCACGGUGUGUGUAAGUGGCCUGGAUGCGAAACACGAUGCGACGACUUGCAAACGUUCAUAAAGCAUUUAAACACAGAGCACACAUUAGAUGACAGAUCAACUGCCCAGGCUCGUGUACAAAUGCAGGUUGUAUCUCAGUUGGAGCUGCAACUGCAGAAAGAAAGGGACAGGUUGCAAGCCAUGAUGCACCACUUGCAUUUAUCUAAACAGUUGGGCUCCCCGGAGCCGCACAAAGACUCUGCCGUGUCUUCAGGUAAAUUACCUGUCAGUGCUACCUUACCCCAACCUCCGGUAUCCAUUGGUCCAAUGGUGUCGUCCGUCAGAUCUCCAGUGCUGCACGCCACUGCUCCAAACGUGGCCGGCCCCAUCAGACGGAGGUUGAGCGACAAGUCCGCUCUUUCUUUGGCUGGAGGCUUACCGUAUAUGCUAGAAAGGGCUGGGCUAGAUGUUCAACAAGAGAUUCAAAGGAAUAGGGAAUUUUAUAAAAAUGCCGACGUACGACCACCCUUUACUUACGCAUCUUUAAUACGUCAGUCAAUAAUUGAGUCCCCAGACAAGCAGUUAACCCUCAACGAAAUCUACAAUUGGUUCCAAAACACGUUCUGCUACUUUAGAAGAAACGCAGCCACUUGGAAGAAUGCAGUGCGGCACAACCUGUCUCUCCACAAAUGUUUCAUGCGCGUGGAAAACGUAAAAGGGGCAGUUUGGACUGUGGACGAAGUGGAAUUCUACAAGAGAAGGCCACAGCGAUGCUCAUCAGGGCCAUUGGCCCAACCAGUCGUCGGGGGUUCUGCUUCUAAAAGUCCCACGAUGAAUCACAGUCCGACUUUGUACGGAGAUCAUAUUCCAGCGAACGUUCAGUUUAUGCAGGCGUCGUUGAUGGACGAAAACAACCUAUCAUUCCUGAACAGCCCUAACGUGUUGGCCAACCGACACCGGGACAGGUCCGAAUCUCCUUCACACGAACAUCAUAUGCGAUCUCCGAUGAACGGAGGAUUGCACAUUAAACAGGAGGGCAUGAUGAACCAAGAUCAUCAUGUCACUAGGGAGUCCGAACAAAUGAGUCAUGUGAUAAAACGAGAAGUGCAAUCAGAAUAUGACGAUAUGGAUCAUGAACAACAUUCUGACAACAUGGCAGAAGAUUUGACGAUGGGAUCGGAUCACACGGAAUCGAACCUGUUAGAUGCAUAGUGUUUAAAUUGUGAUUAGGUGCGGGGAAAUUUUAUGUGAGUUAACUCGAAUUGUUAACUAAACAUGAGAAGAAAAAUAAACAUUAACUGUUGAGAAAAAAAAAACAUUAGUCUUAGAAUUAGAGGCAUAUCUGAUCUGAUCUGAAGAAUUGACGACUGUAUGAAUUUGUAUUAUAUUUGAGUGUAAAUAUUAUAUUGUAAAAGGGAGUGUGUUGAAAACUGUUACUGUUUAGACCAACUUUUUCUUAAGUUGGAGUAUGUUGUAUAAUCAGUAUCCGUAUAGAUCUUCAUUUCUUUAUUAAAACAGGGUUAUUUGUUACUUGAUGGACUUGGCUUAGCCAAAACAAUCUUACCAUAGACUUAUGAAGCAAGCAAGUAAGCAAGCAGUUCUUGCAUAUCAUAUGUAUGUGUAUGUGGUCUAGGAACUGUUGCGACUGGUACGAUACAUGCCAAAGCACUAACAGUGCAUGUUAUUUAUGUUUAUGUUUAUGGUAUCGUUACGCUCAUAUAGUGAUGUAAAAUAAGCAAUAUUGUAAAUUAUUAUCGUUAAGCAUUCGUGCUAUUAUAUUCUAUCUUUACGAGGAAAUUUAAUUCCAUAUCAUUAUCUAAAAUAAAUCAUAUAUCAGUGUAUAAAUAGUAGAUAAUACAUUUUCCUAUACAUAAUUAAUACGUUUAGCUAAUUUCAAUGCAUCUUUUCGCUCACAUAAUGUAUUUACAUUAUUUAUUCUGUUCAUAUCGUUUUGUUAUUGUUUUGCCAUUUGUAAUAUCGAGGUUGCCAAAUACAUUCGCGUACAUGUGAUAGUACCUUAGUUCAGAUUUAUUACCUAAUCUAGAAAAUUUAGAUAGAUAUUAAGCGUGGCAUAUUGCAUGGAAUUAUUUGCAAUAAUUUCUGUUAGAAUUGGAAUAAGACAGUCGACUUCAGCUACGAUACUCAGUUUGCCAAUGAUUACUACAUAUCAAGUAGAUAGAUAGAUAGACGAUGUCUUUAGACUGUUCUUCUUAAUUGACAGUAUAAAGAAUCCUUUCUCUUCUUCUGACACUCUCUUAUACCAAUUCACUCUUUUAUUAUCCAUCACUAUCUUCAUGUAAAAUGUAUUGUACGGUUACUCGUAUAUCAGUUUCCCAUUUGUUUAAACAACUAUGAAUGAAUUACAAUAAACUCAGCAAUAAACUUUUA